GGCCGGGGCCAGAGGGCUGAGUGCAGGCGGCCGGGAGACAGUCCGAGACGGAGAGCGACGCGAAGGGGCCGAGGAGCGGCUCGCAGAGCGAGGGGAGGACGCGGCGGCAGGAACACGCCGACCAGCGAGCCGGGGAGCCCACGGGUGGGAACGCGAGGGGACCGAGGCGCGGACCGCGCGCGGCGGGCGGGCCCGGGGGCGGGCCGGGCGGCGGCGACCCCAUCCUCCCGCGUGUCCCCCUCCCCGCGCGCGGUAUUUUUACCGGCGCGCGCGCAGCCCUCGCGCUCCUCGCCUCUCGCACCCGCGGCGCCCGGAGCAGCGCGGGCGAGCUGAGCCGGGAGCGCAGCCCGGGACCCCGAGUCGCGCGGCCCAGCCCCACCGACCACCCCGCCCGCCAUGGACCCCAAGGAUCGCAAGAAGAUCCAGUUCUCCGUGCCCGCGCCCCCCAGCCAGCUGGACCCCCGCCAGGUGGAGAUGAUCCGGCGCAGGAGACCAACCCCUGCUAUGCUGUUCCGGCUCUCUGAGCACUCCUCACCAGAGGAAGAGGCCUCCCCCCACCAGAGAGCCUCAGGAGAGGGGCACCACCUCAAGUCGAAGAGACCCAACCCCUGUGCCUACACACCCCCCUCGCUGAAAGCUGUGCAGCGCAUUGCCGAGUCUCACCUGCAGUCCAUCGGCAACCUGAGCGAGAACCAGGGCUCAGAGGAGGAGGAUGAGCUUGGGGAGCUUCGGGAGCUGGGCUACCCAAGAGAGGAAGAAGAGGAGGAUGAUGACGACGAAGAGGAGGAGGAGGAGGAGGAGGACAGCCAGGCUGAGAUCCUGAAGGGCAGCAGGGGGUCUGCUGGGCAGAAGACAACUUGCGGCCAGGGUCUGGAGGGGCCCUGGGAGCGCCCACCCCCUCUGGAUGAGCCCCAGAAAGAUGGAAGCUCUGAGGACCAAGUGGAAGACCCCACACUAAGUGAGCCCGAGAAGGACCCACAGCACCCUGCACACACUGUGCCUGGCACAUAGGCACUCAGCCCUGUAUCUCCCAUAAGGAAGUGGAGGGGACAUCGUUGUUUCCCAGAAACCCACUCAGUCCCCAUCCUAAUUUUCUACCCUUCCCCUCACUUGCUAGAGCUGUGGCUUUUGACUUCUAGACAACUAAAACUGGUCUUUGCUUGUUUGCCCACCUUUGGCUGAUGCCCAGAGUCCUGGGCACUUGCUGCCUGAUACCUACCUCUGCCCGUCGUUCCCCUAUUCACCCAGUGGGAGGCAGGACAUGAGAGAGCUUGCUUGGAAAAUCUAGUACUCAAAGGACAAAGAUUCGUUCUUCACAAUUCUACUCCCAGACCCCCUCCCUUGGGCACAGGAAAGCCCCAGGGCAGGCCCCUAAGAGGAGGAAAGCGGGUACAGAGAACCUGUAGGUGCCCUAGAUCCUUCUCCAUCCCCCACCUCCUAGGGGGGAUUCCCAGUCUCUACCCGUCCUACUGGCUUCUACUAGGGCUGAGGAUUCAGGUGUCCCUCUCUGCAGUUUUUACACUUUGGGAAUCUUCCCCUAUCACCCCUGCUCCCCAACCUGGGUGCCUAGAAGAUGGACUGGCAGAGGAUGCUUCAUUGCAUUUUGUUUGUGCUUUGGUGCCAGGAAUGCCACCUAGUAUACAUCCUUAGAGGGGUUACAUGUUGAGGGGAGCCAGGUCCUUCCUGUCCUCCAGCUGCUCUGCUACCUUCCCCUUUUCCUUGACUCGACCUGAACUGCUCCUGUGCUGUAAUAAAUCUUUGUAAAUAAC